AUGAUGAAAGCUAGAAGGAGAGCUGCUCCCAAGAACGAUUCAAAUGCAUCUCCUCACACUAACAAAAGCCGUAAGCUGGUGGAGGACUACUGGCGCUCGUUGUUAAACAGCAAGUACGAACCACCACUCUAUCACACUUUUUCUGACCGCUAUGGUGGAACGCAAGGCAUCCCAUUUGCAGCACGCAUCAAUCUCAACUCUAUUCUCUCGUCGGUAAAGUUGGAUGCAAGCCACAAUGAGUUCUCAAAUGCUUGUUGCAUUGCUAAGGCAGACUUGGCUAUGUGUGAGGGCAACUAUGAGGAAGCACGCAGGUAUCUUCAACACUCACUCACACGUCUCCAAAACAUGAAAGGCGGCCUUACCAUUAAGGAGCUGACUUCAUCUCGCGCGAUUUCGGGCGCACAGACGGAUUGCGCGACUGAAGUCGCAGAAGUGCUUAGAAAGCUUGGGACGGUAUCACUAAUUCUCGAUGAGGUUGAGGGGGCGUUGGAGCUUUUCAAUUCAAGUCUUGAUGCGAAUCCGUUUAUGCCUGACAUCUACGUUUUGCGUGCGUCCUGUUAUGAGCGGCUCGGCCAACCAUGUGCUGCUCACGAGGAAUUCGAAAAGUAUAUGAAGCUCAAGACACCCUCUUUGGAGGUGCUUGCUCACUGCGGCAAGUGUGCAUUUGAAGCUGGCAUCUUCGAUUCAGCUGAGCAUCAUCUCCUUCAGCUUUUGGACUUGGCGGAGCCAAUGAUGGCAUAUCCUCAGGAGGAUGGCAUCACUACUGAGAUGGCGGCCUAUUACGUCGCCCACGCCAAUUUCUACCUAGGCUGUCUCUGUGAGGUACGCGCUGAGGCUAUCAAUUCUUCUGCCGCAGAUAUUAAUAUGGUUGCCUUCUUUGAUGAGAAGGCUCGUGUGCACUUCGACACUGCACUGACCAACCCUUCUUUUAUUGAAUCUUAUGAGAGCACGCUUGAUUGCGCAGUAGCUUCGAAGGAUUAUGCGUUCGCACUUCACAUUUUGCAUCACCUCCAGCGAAUGCGGCCGGACAAGGCGGAGUACUGUUUGCGUGUUGCGCAUAUUCAUCAUUUGUGCAAUAACGCACUCGGUGAGGUUGAGGCCUUGUCUGAGGCGCUGGACCGUGCGCAAGGCUUUUCGCCGCGCCGCAUCACAUUACUCACACGUGGAACAGUGUACUCUGAGAUGUUAGGCAACUUUGAACGGGCGAUUAGAGAUUUUACGCUCGUCAUUGACCUCCCACCAGACAACCCGCAUGAUCAGUGUACCCCAAAAGCUUUCAUGAAGCGAGCUGAGGCAUUUCGGGUGCGCUUCGCUCAUAAAGGUUCUCGAGAAGACUACGAAGCUUCUUUGCAGGAUUAUCGCAGCUUCUUACAAACCUCAGGUAAUUCUAAUGGCAUCUGCUUAGCUUCAUCAAUACAAACGCUUGAGGACCGCGGCGCGUUCGCCACUCCUCAAGUUUGUGAUCCACACACCAUCACCGAUGCUUUGCUCAUUCUUGCUAACGGGACCUUUCAUCGGAACCACUUCUCGGAGGCCGUGAGGUACUUCGCGCGUGCCAUCAACCGUGGCUGGUGCCCUCGCCCGCCUUCUGUGCGGCGCACCCUUGAAGGCGAGGACCCAAAUGGCGCCACACACUGGGCGCCUGGGGGACCAGUUCCCAUCAAGGAAAGCCUUUUUUGCGAAAUGUACAUUGCCCUUGCUAAUCACGUAAUUGCGACGCAUCCCAUUAGUGAAGAAUUAUUCAAGGUGAAUUAUGAGCCUCGUGAGUGUGUGACAUCUUUGGGCAACACUAUCAAUGCAGACACAAAGAAGAUAAAAAAUGUUGAACGGAAAGAGGCUGACCGACCUUCAUUUGCUUCCCCAUCGUUGUCAUAUUCCCUCGUUGAUGCACGCUAUUGUGCGUUACGUUCACUGGAGCCAACUAUGUUUUCCGCGUUAGAGGGAAUGUUCUUGAAGAUAUGGGAACCUUACCGCACUGAGGUGGAGCGUGUGCGGGAAGACAUGACGACUGCAAAAGGUAAGCGAUGGAAGCGCCAUGCGAACUAA